GGGGUGUGCGGAGCUGCAGCCCGGCCCUGCCGUGGUGCCGCUGGGGCUGGAGGCUGCAGGGCUGACACCAAGCUGGGAGGGAGCACUGAUCUGCUGGAGGAGGGCUCUGCAGGGGAUCUGGGCAGGCGGGAUGCAAGGACCGAGCGGUGGCAGGUUCACGGCCAACUGCUCAUCCCUUGGGUCACAACGAGCCCCUGCAGCUCCAGCCUGGGGAGAGAGAGUCUGGAAAGCUGCCCGGAGCAAAAGGAGCUGGGGUGCUGCUCAGCAGAGGCUGAACGUGAGCCAGGUGGCCAGGAAGGCCAGUGGCACCCGGCUUGUGUCAGCAACAGUGCGGCCAGCAGGACCAGGACAGUGAUUACCCCCCGUACGGGGCACACGUGGGGCUGUGUGCUGUCCUGGUCCACAGCGUGGUGCUCGCUCAGGGGCUGGACCCGAUGAUCCCAGAGGUUCUUUUCCAGCCCUCAGGACUGGAUCCGCCGGGUCCGGUGCACUCCACGUGCCCGGCCCGUCCCCGCGCUCCGCCUCCCGCGCUGACGGCAGCGCCCGGCGCCGCUGACGGCAUCAGGCACAGCCCGGCACGGCACGGCACGGCACGGCGCGGCGCGGCGCGGGCAGGCCGGGUGGCAGCGGGGCAGGGCCGGGCCAUGGCUCCCGCGGCCGUGCAGCCGCCCGAGGUGCAGUUCGCGCAGCGCUUGGCCGCCAACGAGAAGCGCAUCCGAGACCGCGCCCUCAAAAAGCUGCGGGGCUACAUCGGCGUGCGGAGCCAGCGGCCCGGCGGUGGCUUCAGUCUGGAAGAACUGCUGAAAAUAUGGAAGGGCCUUUUCUAUUGUAUGUGGAUGCAGGAUAAACCUCUGCUUCAGGAGGAACUUGCAGCCAAUAUCUCCCAGCUUAUCCACGUGUUUCAGAAUACUGAGACUCGACACCUGUUCAUCCAGACAUUUUGGCAGACGAUGAACCGGGAGUGGAACGGGAUUGACAAUCUGCGGCUGGACAAGUACUACAUGCUGAUGCGUCUGAUUUUGAGGCAAUCCUUUGAAGUGCUGAAAAGAAAUGAAUGGGAUGAGGGUCUAGUUGAACCAUUGCUGCAGCUGUUAAUGAAAGAAAUUAUGGACCCAGACAGCAAUUCUCCCACUGGGAUAAAGUUCCAUUUCAUUGAUAUCUAUCUGGAUGAAUUGGCUAAAGUUGGUGCAAAGGAGCUCACAGCAGACCAGAAUCUCAAGUUCAUCGAACCUUUCUGCAAAAUUGCUGCCAAAGCAAAGGAUCGGCGUGUGCUGCACGCCGUGGCCACCGGUGUCUUCGAGCUGAUCGUGGAUCAGUCCCCCUUCGCCAUCGAGGACCUGAUGAAGGAGCUGGGUACCAACAGCGAUGAGGAGAAUGUGUCUGAAGAAGGCAAACAGGAAAAUGAAGAGGUGCUUAAAACCAAAGCAGGCAGAUGUCUGUCAAGAAAAUCAGCACAGAAUGCUGAAAGCACAGAGGAUAUCAGUGAAAAUGCUGAUGAUGGAAUUGGCACUGUUCUUCAGUUUGAUUACAAGGCUGUUGCUGACAAAAUCUUCGAAUUUGCAAGCAGGAAAAAUACACCUUCCCUGAACAGAAAGCGGCUGUACAAGCUGGUCAAAAAGUUCCAGGACUUAGCAGAAGGAAUCUUCCCCCAAGAUAUUCCUGAAGAUGUUUCUACAGAUGAAGAUGAUGAUGAUGAAUCUGGUAGGCGAAAGCGAAAGAAAAAAGCUGUCAAGCCUUGGCAGCAAAAUGAGCUGGAAAAAGUAAAAGAGGAUAAAGAAGAGCUGUCAAGUGGGAAGGUGCCAUCAGCUCCCCAGAGGAAGAGGAAAAAAAGGAAGAAGAGGGACAGCCCAAGUGCUGAUUCUGGAACAGCUGAUGGAAAUUGUGAGGAGGGAAAAGCUGAAACAUCUGGAUCCAAUGCUUCUAGCCAGGAAAAGGUGCCAGAAAAUAAAAAGGAGAGGAAGAGAAAGAAAUUGCUAGUAAAUGAGGCCAGUGAGACCACAGAUGUAGCAACUGACACCAGAGAAAAUCACAGUAUCAGUGUGCAGAACAGCCUGACUGACGCAGAGCAGAGUAAAAAGAGGCAGUUCAAGAAAAAUAAUCCUAAAGUGCAGAAUGUUCCUGCAAAACCAGCGUGUCAGAACGGACCAGCCACUGCCAGUGCAGCAGAGGAUGUCAGCCCUUCUGUCACUCUGUUACCUCCCAAGGCUGUGAAAAAGAAGCAGAAAGCAGGGGCUGUCCUGGAGAAUGGGGAUCCCCCUGUGCAGCAAACUGACCUGAAACCCAGCAAGGAUUUGCUGGGGACCCUGCCAAGAAAGGCAGAGGCUGAAUCUGCACCCUCCAGAAAGGCCACACUGAAGACAAAGACAAAGAUAGUUGGUUUGGAAGGGAUGAAAGUCUCCAGUCAGAAUGGAGGAGCUCUGAAAAAGAAGAGAAAAGUGAAAGAGGUGCUAAACUCUGUCGAAGCCAAUGGAGUUCUGGAGACUGUAUGCAAGAAAAACAGGAAGGUGGAAAGCAGUACUGCUCUGUCACCAUUAAAGAAAAAGAAAGCAAAACCAGGAAGUGAUUUUGUAAAAUUUGAAAAAUCAACUGCACCAAAGGCAGUGUUCUUCAGGAAAGCCAGAAGCGCCAUCUCUUCCACCAGGACAUCCAUGCAGUUGAACAAACUGCAGACACCCAGUUCCAAAAGAGUCACGUUUGGUUUGAAUAAAAACAUGACUGCAGAAUUUAAAAAGACUGACAAAAGUAUAUUAGUGAGCCCAGAAGGACCCUCCCGUGUGGCUUUCAAUCCUGAACAGAAACCUCAUCAUGGGGUGCUGAAGUCACCCACAGUGACCCCAGCAAAAGAGCCCCAAAUGAAGAGACCAUUUACUAUGUCAGCUAAGAAGAGACCUGCUGCUGUGGACUUCUUUUAAACCAACAAAUGUGGCCUACUUUUGUACAGGACAUUUUGCUAACCUAGAAUGUUCUCUGGAGGUAUUUUGAACUUCUUUAUUUUUUUAAGUUAAUGCAAAUUGUAUAUACAAAAUUCUGAUUAUGACCUGGGUCGUUGCUAUUUUGAAACCACUUCAGCUCUACCUUGAAAUAGUUGUUUUAUCUUUUUACAGAAAAGAAACAAAACCCAAUCUCUGCUCAGGUUUGGUAUACAAAAAGUAUGGUCUCUGCCCGUGUCAUUCCCAAGAGACUUGUCCAUUUAAUUAAGGAAUGUUCAGGGUUUGAUUGUUCCAGUGAUUUUUUUUUUUUUGAGCCAGUGUAAGACAACUUGCACUUCAUGCUGUUAAACUGUCUUUCAUUAGACAGAGUUUAAAUUGGAAAAGGGCAAUGUAAAUUUUAAGCCUACUUAGUCAUGUAUUUUAAAAUUCUACUCAGUCAUUUAUCAUGUGCCACCCCUGGCAUCCUGUUAAUGCUUCUGGAAAUAAUGAUUACCUUGUGUGUCUGUUUAAUAACAGCUGGACUUGGGUAGCUUUGCAGCUAGCAAGCGAGCUUUCCCUGGGAUAAGAAACCCUUAGCUCAAGUGCUCACUGGUGCAAAUAAACUGUCACAGCUGGUUGCCUGCUGAGUUAGGGACAACUCACCCCAUUAUUUACAGUAAUGCAAGUGCCAAAGCUGGCUUGA